AUGAAAUAUAUUCUGUGGUUACUUAAGCAUGUUUAUCAGGCUCUAAUGAGUGUUAGACAUGCUUUAAUACAAAAUCAUCUUCUUAUAUAACCUGUAAGUAGAAUUUAUUUAAAAGCUCUAAUGAUGAUUUAGCUUGCAUUCAAAAAUGCUAAAUCAAUGAGUUUUAAAAUGAAAACAAUGAGUGUGUAAAAUACUAAGUUUUUGGAUGUGUUUAAUGAGAUGAAAACUAAAAAUGCCUUGAAUAAGAUUAAAAUUUAAAGCUUACUUAAAUUAUUAAUUAGUGUAUACUAAUGGAUAAUGUUUGCUCAUAUUUUAAUAGCUUUAUUUAGGGAACAUCAAAUCUUCAAAAAUGUUAAAAUGAAUGCUAACCAACAUUUUACUAAUUAUGGAGGCCUAAACUUGUGA